GAGUGGGGGUGUGGAGCCAGAGCCACCCAAUCCCGUAGGGACAGGUUUCACAACUUCCCGGAUGGGGCCGUGGGGGUCACAGUGCAGCCUAGAGCCAGGAGGAUGGGGUGGCUCCCAUUCCUACUGCUUCUGAUGCAGGGCUCAAGGGCCCCUGGGCAGCGCUCGCCACUGAAUGACUUCCAGGUGCUCCGGGGCACAGAGCUGCAGCACCUGCUACACACGGUGGUGCCAGGACCUUGGCAGGAGGAUGUGGCAGAUGCUGAGGAGUGUGCCAGGCGCUGUGGGCCACUACUGGACUGCCGGGCCUUCCACUACAACGUCAGCAGCCACGGUUGCCAAUUGCUGCCAUGGACCCAGCACUCGCCCCACACACGGCUGCAGCGUUCAGGACGCUGUGACCUCUUCCAGAAAAAAAACUAUGUACGGAUCUGCAUUAUGGAUAAUGGGGCUGGGUACCGGGGCACCGUGGCCACGACCGCGAGUGGCCUGCCCUGCCAGAGCUGGAGCCAUAAGUUCCCCAAUGAUCACAAGUACACGCCCACACUCCGCAACGGCCUGGAAGAGAACUUCUGCCGCAACCCGGACGGGGACCCCGGAGGUCCCUGGUGUUACACGACGGACCCUGCCGUGCGCUUCCAGAGCUGCGGCAUCAAGUCCUGCCGGGAAGCCGCUUGUGUUUGGUGCAAUGGCGAGAAUUACCGCGGCUCGGUGGACCGCACUGAGUCGGGACGGGAGUGCCAGCGCUGGGACCUUCAGCGCCCGCACCAGCACCCCUUCGAGCCUGGCAAGUUCCUCGACCAAAGUCUGGACGACAACUAUUGCCGGAAUCCUGACGGCUCCGAGUGGCCAUGGUGCUACACCACCGACCCGCUGCUCGAGCGAGAGUUCUGCGACCUUCCCCGCUGCGGGCCCGAGUCACAGCCGCGCCACGAAGCGACAACUCUCAACUGCUUCCGCGGGAAGGGCGAGGGCUACCGCGGCACAGCCAAUACCACCGCCGCGGGCGUGCCCUGCCAGCGUUGGGACGCGCAGAGCCCGCAUCAGCACCGCUUUUCGCCCGAGAAAUACGCGUGCAAGGACCUUCGGGAGAACUUCUGCCGGAAUCCCGACGGCUCUGAGGCGCCCUGGUGCUUCACAUCGCGGCCCGGCAUGCGCGUGGCCUUCUGCUACCAGAUCCGGCGCUGCGCCGACGACGUGCGGCCCGAGGACUGCUACGACGGCGCAGGGGAGCGGUACCGCGGCUCGGUCAGCAAGACCCGCAAGGGCGUCCGGUGCCAGCACUGGUCCGCGGAGACGCCGCACAAGCCGCAGUUCACGCCCACCUCGGCCCCGCACGCACAACUGGAGGCGAACUUCUGCCGAAACCCUGACGGAGAUAGUCAUGGGCCCUGGUGCUACACUAUGGAUCCAGGGACCCCAUUCGACUACUGUGCCCUGCGACGCUGCGAUGAUGACCAGCUGCCGUCCAUCCUGGACCCCCCAGACCAGGUGCUGUUUGAUAAGUGCGGCAAGAGAGUAGAUCGGCUGGACCAGUGGAGUGCCAAGCUUCGAGUGGUGGGGGGCCAGCCAGGGAACUCACCCUGGACAGUCAGCUUGCGCAACCGGCAGGGCCAGCAUUUCUGCGGGGGGUCCCUAGUGAAGGAGCAGUGGGUACUGACUGCCCGGCAAUGCUUCUCCUCCUGCCAUAUGCCUCUCAUGGGCUAUGAGGUGUGGCUGGGCACCAUGUUCCAGAACCCACAGCCCGGGGAGCCAGGCCUGCAGCAGGUUGCAGUGGCCAAGAUGGUAUGUGGGCCCUCAGGUUCCCAGCUUGUCCUGCUUAAGCUGGAGAGAUCUGUGACUCUGAAUCAGCGAGUGGCCCUGAUCUGCCUGCCCCCUGAGCGGUAUGUGGUGCCUCCAGGGACCAAGUGUGAGAUCACAGGCUGGGGUGAGACCAAAGGUACAGGUGAUGACACGGUCCUAAAUGUGGCCUCGCUGAAUGUCAUUUCCAACCAGGAGUGUAACGUCAAGCACCGAGGACGUGUACGGGAGAGUGAGAUGUGCACUGAGGGACUGCUGGCCCCUGUGGGGGCCUGUGAGGGUGACUACGGGGGCCCACUUGCCUGCUUUACCCAUGACUGCUGGGUCCUGGAGGGAAUUAUAAUCCCCAACCGAGUGUGCGCACGGCCCCGCUGGCCAGCCAUCUUCAUGCGUGUCUCAGUGUUUGUGGACUGGAUUCACAAGGUCAUACGGCUGAGCUAGGCCCACCUUGACCCCAUGUGCCUUGGGGAGGAUGAAACUUCCUGUCAGACAUAAAGCCAUCUUUUCUCUUUAUGCCUGU